UAAACAUAAUAUUAUUUUGUUAUUGCUACUGUGGUACUUAAAGUUAAUCAUGGGAUCUUUUAAUAUAAUUAUUAUUUUUAUAUUCUUAAACAUUUCUUUAGUUUACAUUAUUGGUUUUAAAGUAUAUCUCUAUAUAUUAGCCAUCUUAGUUUCAUGCGUUUUGGCUUAUACAGUUUAUACAAAAAGGAAGAAAUGUAAAGUACCAUUUCGUGCAGGUCGAGGUGUUUUGAUAACAGGAUGUGAUACAGGUUUAGGACACGAUGCAGCGUUGCAAUUUGUCAACACCGGCUUCAUAGUGUUUGCUGGCUGUUUGACACCUGAAGGGGCAAAUGAUCUCUGGCAGAAAGGAGGAGGAGGAAGACUUCAUGUUAUUCUUUUAGAUGUUACAAGUGAAACAAGUGUUCAAGAUGCCGUGGAAGUUGUAGAAUCAAAGAUUGCCGACUCAGAACUUUGGGCAGUCAUUAACAUUGCGGGCGUGGCGUUUACCGGAGAUAUUGAAAUUGCACUAAUUGAGACUAUGCAGCGUAUUGCAGAAGUUAACCUUUUCGGAAUGAUCCGAGUUACAAAAGCUUUUCUGCCCUUUAUCCGGAAAUCAAAAGGUAGAGUAAUAAACGUAACAAGUGCAAAAGGGCGAAUAGCUUUACCUUCUGACGCUCCCUCUACCAUUACACAAUGGGCAGUCGAAGCUUUCUCUGACAUUCUACGCAGAGAAAUGUGCAGAUUUGGUAUCAAGGUUGUUAUAAUAGAGCCCGGACAUUUUGCAGGAAUAACUGGGAUGGGGACAAUCGACAAUGGUACAGAUGCCGAAGCAAAUCUUUACGAAGCAUGGUUCAAGGCCCCUAAACAUAUCAAAACAUGUUAUGAUAGAAAAUACAUAGACAGUCUGAUACAUAACUUCUACCGUGUAAAAAAUAGCAGCAACCUUUCCAGGGAACCUGUUUUAGAUGCUUUGCAGGACGCUAUGGAAAACGUCAGUCCUAAGCUCCGGUACCUUGUACAUGGAAACUAUUGUGUUUCUGACGAGUAUUGUGUGCUUGCUGUGCUUAAUAAUGUUCUGCCGGAUUCAUGGAUGGAUUUCUUCGUUCAACGUGCGUUUCCUAUUCCAGAUGCUACAGAGCAAAACAUAUUUUGAUCAUAUACAGUAUUUUUACUGUAACGAACAUACGAGACAUACACCAAUUAAGUAUUUCUUCACCAAAAUAUACUUACUACUUCAUUUUACAUUAUAUUUGCAAGACAUUAAUGUAACUUAACAUGUUCUAUUAUUACUUAGUAUGAUGAAAACAUUAUAACUGACACUGUGUGACGCUGUUGGCAAAAAAAAAAAGAAAAUUGAAGGCUAUGGAUUGCACAGGGGUCAUAAAAGUUUUCGAUGAGUUUUACUUUCACUUAUACAUGAGAUUUUUUUUAGUUUGUGAUUAUUAUAAUAUCUAGUUAUAAUCUCUUUACAAGGGACGCCAGUGUUGAUCUGCAUAGUAGAAACAACUGUAGCAGGAACCAAAACUGUCAUUUAUCGUUGCUAAAAACAGGGGUUUAGAAAAUCAAGAGACUUUAAUGCUUAACUGUGAAUCAGAUAACGAUUCAGAUAAAGAUAGUUGCGUGCAACUUAUUGUUUAAUUAUAAUGUAUCAUCUUUUUACAGUGCAGUCAUUUUUUUCUAAAACAUGACUUGAAACUUUCACCCUCGAUAUUCAUACAAUUCAGAUAUUCCUCUAAGUUCUAACAGAUACAUAAAAUAGUAGGGGACCUUUCAUGCACACAGAACACCCCUCUCAUACUGUACUAAUGUGUAAAGCUAUCAGAACAGUGUACUGAUAGACAUUUGUGCCUACUGAUAUGGAGACUUAGAUAACUUUAUUUGUGGUAUUGGUUUAUUGACUUUGUUUUUGGUAUUGUUUCAUUGCCUUUACGUUAAAUUAUUGAUUAUAUGAUGAAUACAUAUGGUAAAAUAAUUGUUGUUUUUUUUGUAAAUAGUAAAAUGUG